AUGUCAACAAACAACGAUGAUGAGGCAUCCACAUCUGUAGGUCAUGCCAGCAAUGCAAGCGAUGACUCGAAAAAGGAGGAGACUAAUGCGGUGCCCUUCUAUAAGCUGUUUGCCUUUGCUGAUUCCAAAGACAAAAUUUUGAUGAUUGUUGGCACCAUUGGUGGCAUCGGCAACGGCUUGUCCCUUCCUCUUAUGACUAUACUUUUUGGAGAAUUGAUUGAUUCCUUCGGUGAGAAUCAACGAGUAGGUGUUGUUGAAGUUGUUUCAAGGGUAGCACUCAAGUUUGUGUAUUUGGCAAUUGGAUGUGGUGUUGCAGCAUUCCUUCAGGUGGCUUGCUGGAUGAUCACUGGAGAAAGGCAGGCUGCACGGAUUAGAAGCCUCUAUUUGAAAACAAUUUUACGACAAGAUGUCACCUUCUUUGAUAUGGAAACAAACACUGGAGAAGUCGUUGGAAGAAUGUCUGGUGACACUGUACUAAUUCAAGAUGCCAUGGGCGAGAAGGUUGGGAAAUUUAUACAGCUUGUAGCAACAUUCCUUGGAGGCUUUGUGAUUGCAUUUAUUAAAGGGUGGCUUCUUACCCUUGUCAUGUUAACAUCCAUUCCUUUGCUUGUGAUAUCCGGUGGAAUAGCAGCCAUCGUCUUAUCCAAGAUGGCAUCCCAGGGACAAAAUGCAUAUGCUAAGGCUGCAAUUGUGGUGGAGCAGACAAUUGGCUCCAUUAGAACUGUUGCUUCAUUCACUGGGGAAACGAAAGCAGUAGCUGACUACGAAAGAUCCCUUGUGAAGGCUUACAAAUCAGGAGUACAUGAAGGGUGGGCCAGUGGAUUCGGUUUUGGAUCCGUUAUGUUCAUUAUAUUCGGCAGCUAUGCUUUGGCUAUUUGGUUUGGUGCAAAGAUGAUCUUGGAGAGGGGUUAUACGGGUGGUGAGGUGCUCAAUGUGAUUAUUGCUGUGCUAACUGGUUCCAUGUCUUUGGGGCAGGCUUCUCCAUGCAUGACGGCAUUUGCAGCAGGCCAAGCUGCAGCGUACAAGAUGUUUGAAACCAUAAGUAGGAAGCCCGAGAUAGACGCGUAUGAUACCAGGGGGAAAGUACAACAUGACAUACGUGGGGACAUAGAACUAAGAGACGUGCACUUCAGCUACCCAGCUCGACCAGACGAGCAAAUAUUCAGAGGCUUCUCUCUGUUCAUCCCAAGUGGCACGACGGCUGCUCUGGUGGGACAGAGUGGGAGCGGGAAAUCGACUGUCAUAAGUCUGAUUGAGAGAUUCUAUGAUCCACAAGCAGGUGAAGUGUUUAUCGAUGAGACCAAUCUCAAAGAGUUUCAGCUCAAGUGGAUUAGGUCGAAAAUCGGUCUCGUCAGCCAAGAACCUGUUCUUUUCACAACCAGCAUUAAGGAUAACAUUGCUUAUGGGAAGGAAGAUGCCAGUGAUGAAGAAAUUAGAGUGGCAGCUGAACUAGCCAAUGCUUCAAAGUUUAUUGACAAACUGCCCCAGGGACUAGAUACAAAGGUUGGUGAACAUGGAACUCAGCUUUCUGGCGGGCAGAAACAGAGAAUAGCCAUCGCGAGAGCCAUCCUAAAAGACCCGAGAAUUUUACUUUUAGACGAGGCAACGAGCGCACUGGAUGCAGAAUCCGAGAGGGUCGUGCAAGAGGCUUUAGACAGGAUUAUGUUAAACAGAACAACUGUCAUUGUUGCUCAUCGUCUGAGCACAGUUAGGAAUGCCAACAUGAUUGCAGUCAUCCAUCAAGGUAAGAUGGUGGAGAAAGGCACGCACUCCGAACUGCUUCAGGAUCCUGAGGGAGCGUAUUCUCAGCUCAUACGCUUACAAGAUGUAAACAAAAACUCGGAGCAUUCUGAAAAUGAAAGGGAAAGAUCUGAAUCGUCCAUGGACUAUGGCCGACAGUCUAGUCAAAGAAUGUCUUCAUUGAAGCGCUCCCUCAGCAGAGGAUCCUCCAUAGGACGUAGCAGCAGCAGCCGCCGCCAUUCAAUUUCGGUGUCAUUUGGUCUGCCGACAUCACUUAACAACAUGGCUGACCCCCACUUGGAAGAAGGCGAUGAAUACGAAACAUUUGAGGAAAAGCCUCCACCUGUCCCUAUACGCCGUCUCGCUGCCCUAAAUAAGCCUGAGAUACCCGUACUGAUUUUGGGAACUUUGUCUGCCAUUAUUAAUGGCGCGAUAAUGCCUAUUUUUGGAAUACUGAUUUCAAGCGUGAUCAAAAUAUUCUUUGACACGCCGCAUGUGCUACGCAGGGAUUCUAAGUUUUGGGCUUUAAUGUUUCUGGUUCUCGGGGUUGCAUCGUUUAUCGCGUAUCCGGCGAGGACCUAUCUAUUUGGGGUGGCCGGGAAUAAGUUGAUAAAGAGAAUUAGGUUGAUGUGUUUCAAGAAGGUGGUGAACAUGGAAGUUGGAUGGUUUGAUGAGGCGCAGCACUCGAGCGGAGUGAUUGGGGCCAGGCUGUCUGCCGAUGCUGCCAGCGUGCGUGCUCUCGUGGGGGACUCGCUUGCGCAAAUGGUUCAAGAUUUAUCGUCCGCAACUGUUGGGCUGGCAAUCGCUUUUGAAGCCAGUUGGCAGCUGGCGCUCAUCAUUCUUGCAAUGGUACCCCUGAUAGGAGCGAGUGGGUUCGUGCAGGUCAAGUUCAUGAAGGGUUUCAGUGCGGAUGCAAAGACAAUGUAUGAGGAGGCGAGUCAGAUCGCGAAUGAUGCAGUUGGGAGCAUAAGGACAGUGGCUUCCUUCUGUGCGGAGGAGAAGGUGAUGGAAAUGUACAAAAACAAGUGUGAGGGGCCGUUGAAGAAUGGGGUCAGGCAAGGAUUGGUUAGUGGAGUGGGUUUUGGCAUUUCUUUCGCCUUGCUUUUUCUUGUCUAUGCCACUAGCUUUUAUGCAGGAGCUCGACUUGUAGAAGAUGGAAAGAUCACAUUUGAUGAUGUGUUCCGGGUUUUCUUUGCUCUGACAAUGGCAGCAGUCGCAAUUUCUCAGUCGAGUUCAUUGGCCCCUGAUUCAACCAAAGCUAAGAGUGCUGCUGCUUCUAUAUUUGCGAUCCUGGAUAGGAAAUCAAAGAUUGAUCCCAGUGACGAGUCGGGGAUGACGCUAGAGAACAUGAAGGGUGAAAUCGAGCUGAGGCACGUGAGUUUCAAGUAUCCAACGCGGCCUGAUGUUCAGAUAUUUAGGGACCUGAGCUUGACAAUACGCAGCGGCAAGACGGUGGCAUUGGUUGGGGAGAGCGGCAGCGGAAAAUCAACUGUAAUACAACUGCUGCAAAGAUUCUACGACCCGGACUCAGGCGAAAUAACGAUAGACGGGACGGAGAUACGGAGAUUCCAGUUGAAAUGGCUGAGGCAGCAGAUGGGUCUGGUGAGUCAGGAGCCGGUGUUGUUCAACGACACGAUCCGCGCAAACAUUGCCUACGGCAAGGACGGUGACACGAGCGAGGCGGAGAUUGUGGCUGCUGCGAAGCUGGCAAAUGCGCACCAGUUCAUAAGUGGGCUCGGCGGAGGCUACGAAACGGUGGUCGGGGAGAGGGGGGUGCAGCUGUCGGGGGGACAGAAGCAGCGGGUGGCCAUAGCGCGGGCCAUCGUGAAGGCCCCUAAGAUACUGCUUCUGGACGAGGCCACCAGCGCUCUGGACGCGGAGUCAGAGAGGAUAGUGCAGGACGCGCUAGACAACAUCAUGGUGCACCGCACCACCGUAGUGGUGGCCCACCGCCUCUCCACAAUCAAGGGGGCCGACCUCAUAGCGGUUGUCAAGAACGGGGCCAUUGUUGAGAAAGGGAAGCACACGCAGCUCAUCAAUAUCAAAGAUGGUUCCUAUGCUUCUCUCGUCGCACUUCACACCUCCGCUUCUUCCUCCUAA